UCUGCUGAAACAUACGGAAUAACAGUGUAUAUACAUUGGAACUAGUUCCAUGUUUGUUUUAUUGAAAUCUUCACCGUUGAUGUAAUACCGUCGCACUCAGGAACUAAGUAAUUUAUAAUAUAUUUGUGAUGGAAAUGGAUUCUCAUACACCAGAUAUUAUGGAACCGAGAUCAGAAUCUCCAGAGGCCGUGAAACUACUACUACAGUCUAAGCAGCAUCUAUCCCCCAAAGCUAAUGCCUUCUCUAUCGCGGCUAUAUUAGGAGAGGAUACCAAGAGACCCUCUGGAUCCCCCUCUCCCCCGAGGGUUCUAGCUACUCCUCCUCAAGCGGACACACCACCAGGUGAAGUGUGUUCCCCAGGGGAGGAUGAAGGAAGCCGGUCCUGUGGUGCCUGUGGGGUAUCCCCUAAGGUGCCAGAAGAUGUACCUUAUACAGGAGAUCUUCCAAACAUCAAAUGUAAACUUGAAACCAAAGAAUUGUGGGAGAAGUUCCAUGAACUUGGCACCGAAAUGAUCAUAACAAAAACUGGAAGACGCAUGUUUCCUACCUUGAGAGUGUCUCUGACUGGACUAGAGGCAGAGGCUCAAUAUGUGGUCUUGAUGGACAUCGUCCCGAUGGACAACAAGCGUUAUAGAUACGCCUACCAUCGCUCAUCCUGGCUCGUGGCUGGAAAGGCUGACCCUCCUCUCCCUACACGAUUCUCUAUCCAUCCGGAUGGUCCAUUCACCGGACAACAGCUCAUGAAACAGACACUGUCCUUUGAGAAAAUAAAAUUGACAAACAACAUGCUCGACAAAAACGGACAGAUGAUCUUAAACUCCAUGCACAAGUACCAGCCACGAAUCCACAUUGUAAAGAAGAAAACAAGUACACCUAAUAUAAUCACAAGUUUAGAGGGAGAGGAGUACCGAACAUUCAUCUACCCGGAAACCGUGUUCAUUGCAGUGACUGCUUACCAAAAUCAGCUGAUCACCAAGCUGAAAAUUGACAGCAACCCAUUCGCCAAGGGGUUUAGAGAUUCUAGUCGUCUUACCGAUGUUGAAAGAGAAACAAUGGAGAGUCUGAUGCAGGGCCAUAGUUACGUUCGUUCACCAUUACCAAUGUCGGGAGCAGAGGAGAACUAUAAAUACAGAGAGGCAAUGUUAGCACGAGAAUCAGCAUAUCCGAUGGGGUUAUUGCAAAGUGCUGGUGCUAUUCAGUCUAUAUUUCCCGCCGGAUUUUCUCCUUACGGAGGAAUGAUGUCACUUCCUCAAAGCCCUUCCGCCGAACAGGCAUUACUUUUACGAAAUCAUUUGUACAAAACAACACUGCAAACAUCACCGACCAUGGCCAGUGUUCACCCUAGUCAGUACUACAGAUACCAUCCUUACACGAACUUUACAAAGUCACGACACAACGACUCGGUCUUAUGAACCAUCUGUGAUUAACGCUAUUGUUUAUCGUUUAUAUUGAAUUUGUCUUUCAUCAUGGAGCAAUGAAUCUUGCCUAUCAUUAGACCGAUUGAUUUUAUGAAAUUUCAGUUGUGUAAUUUUAAUUAGUCAGAGUUUGGAGCAAAGAAAUAUUGAAAAUUGAUAAGUCUUAAUUCUGAAAUAGUAAUCAUCCAGAUUUUAAUUACCAUUUUUGAUUAUGAUUUCAAGGACAAUUCGUUUUGAUAUAUUUUAGAAAUACAAUGUAAUACCUAAAAAAUAUAUAUAUAACUUAAAAUAUUGUAUCGAAGGAAAUACUAUAUCAAAUCUGAUAUUUGUAUCAAAGGGCAGGUCAUUCACACGGAGAAUUUAUAUCAGGUGCUAUUUAAUACAUGGAACUUGGAACUUUUAAUUUCGUUUGAAAACAUUUAGUUACAGUUCCUGAUUAUGUUGUUAUUGUUGUAAUACAUCAUUUAUUGUUGUGAUUUCUUUUUGAAUAUAAAUAUUUCGAAUCGUAAACUCUUAAGAUGUAAAUAUUGAUUAUUGAUUGAAUAAAAUAUUGAAUGUUACAAAUGAA